UUGGUUCUCAGUAUAAUAAUAGACCUACUGAAUUACAAACGACACAUUUAAUGUCAAUAAAUAUAGAACACUUUAUCCCUGUCUAAAUAGCGACCUUAAUUUUUGUAAUACUUCCUCUGUGUGGUGACGCAUUGCAAGACGAUUGGCAGUCGUACAGCUGCGCGAAAGACCAUUACUACAUACACACAGGACGACAUCUGUUCAUGGGGGAGAGGAAGCAUGGAUCCGAUUCAAGAAAAACUGGCCAAAGAGGUCGACAUUUAUCGUGACACAUGGAUCCGCUUCUUAGGCUACGCCAAUGAGGUGGGGGAGGCCUUCCGUGCCCUGGUGCCGGUCAGUGCUGUUUGGGCCACGUACGCGGUUGCCACUGUGUAUGUUUCUGCUGACGCUGUUGACAAAGGGAAGAAGGCUGCACUGCUCCAUGGGGACAAACCCGGGAAGACGACCAAGGUGGCUGUAGCGGUGGUGGACACGUUUGUCUGGCAGGCCCUGGCCUCAGUGGCUAUCCCAGGCUUCACCAUCAACCGUGUUUGUGCUGCCUCUCUCUACCUCCUGGGCCGAACCACACGCUUGCCCCUCUCCGUACGCAAGUGGACCACCACGGCCAUCGGCCUCUCCACCAUCCCUUUUAUCAUCCACCCCAUCGACAGGGGAGUUGACUUCCUACUGGACUCCAGCCUGCGUAAGGUUUACGGUCACUCUGCUGGAGAGGGUCUUGACAAAUGAUGAGUCCAAGCAUCUGCUGCCUGUCCCUGGCCCGGACCGAUUAGCUUCACAAGGAAGUUCACCCUCUGACACCGGACCUCCAUCAGCCACUGCAUCGGAACUCUGAUGAACACGUUACAGUGACAGCACUGUGAAACAUAAAGCCAGUUACUGAAGGGUUACUCAACUCCUGUCCUCCAGGGCCAAUGUACUGUUUAUGCACUUGUCUAUGCCCAGCUUUCAUUCAGUUGUAUUUAAACUCCAAAGUAAAGGGACUUGUGGCUCUUUUGCAAAGCAAUUACAUUGUAUCAGGGAAAAAGGUAUGCAUCUAACAGUGUUGCCCUCCAGGACUGGAUUUGAAUAACCCAGGCUGCAAUUCUCGUGGGGAACCCAUCUUUUCAUUUUCAGACCACCACUUUACACAUUCUGUUCGUCUAACUCGCUGUUAACCAUGUUCUUUGAAUACAUGGCUCAAUGUCCUGCGACUUGACAUUGAGACUUUUUUUCAUUACAUGUGAACAUCUGUCUUUCCUGUAAAUUUCCACAGCCAAAAUAAUGUCUGUGUACAGUAGUUUUUCACUUUUAACAGACCUCUACAGAGUAUGGUGAAUGGUAUGCAUUUAUCAAUGUUCAUUUGUGAGAUUACUUACUGUGCUUUUUUUUUUCCUGUUUCAUUGCACUCAUGGAUUUCCAUGGUUGACAAAAUAGGUUACAAAUCUUGCAGUUCUUGUUGGCUCCUAAGGUUCACUUUGGUCACUUUUUUAAGGCAUAGAAUGCUAUGCUUUGUAAUGGUAAUGUAACAGAUGAACCAGAAAGCGUAUUAUGAAAAUAUACAUUUACUGUCAUUAUUGUAAAGCUAUUAGGAUGGUGGUUCUCAAACUGUGGGUCUGGGUCCCGUCAUGCGGCAGGGAUCCAGCUGGGCUGUCGGAUGUCAUUUUAUGUCCAUAAAAAAUAUUGCAAAAGAGAAACUUUUUUGCAAUGAAAGCACUUCUAGUAUAAAAAUCACCAAAAAAAUCACAAAUGUAAUGGUUUAACAUGUAGAUUAUUUUUUUUUACCUAGACUAUAUAUUUUUUUAUAAUAGCCUUUCAUCUUUAAGAUUUUUCUGUCUACGAAAUAACAGAUGGUUGAUCAGGUCCUGUUGGAUUUUGUCUGGACAUGUUAUUUCUGUUGCCAAAAUGUUUUCCUUGGUCUGUGUAUUUUGUUUUAAGGCUAAACCCUUAUGCUGGGUUGCGGCUCCCAAGACCCUUCAAUUAGUUGGCUAGAAAAUAAAAAGGUUUGGGAAACUUUGCUUAAAGCUACUCUGGAAGAGGAACCUACUGUGUACUAUGCAGUGCUGCACUUUUCAAAAAACCCAUCUGUAUGACCAUUUUGAUUUGCUAUUGCAAUAUGUAGAUUACAGUGACAAACUAAAUCAGCAAACGACGCCAGUAAUUCAUCUGCUGGAACUAACAUUUAGCAAUAAUUGUCUUUUAACUUCUCUUUUAUAAGCACAUUUCUGUGUUUUUAAAUGAUAGUGUUUACUUUUUUUGUGUCCCCCAACACACAUCUUUAUGGUAGUUUGGUGAAAAUGUUUUGUGUUGGUAUUGUUUAUUUCAUUUUUAUUUGUAUGCUGGAAAUUUGAAAGAAUGUUUAAUUCAGGGUUUUCUCACAGAUGUAAUCAUUUAGUAGAUUUUACAAGUGUUCAUGUUCCAUGUUUCGGCUCUUAACCCUUAAUGUUUAAACCUUUGGUUCAAAUCAACAACUGAUGUUCAUUUUUAUUUUCUUGUUGGCAUGUAAUUAAUACCUCCGGCAACUGCCCGGACCCACCUGCCUGUCCCGGCUCACACCCACCUCACUGUCCCGGUCCUGUUCCGGCCCACAUCCCACCAGACCGUCCCACUCCUGUCCGGGCCCACAUCCCACCAGACUGUCCCGGUCCUGUCCCAGCCCACAUCCCACCUGCCUGUCACGGUCCUGUCCCGGCCCACAUCCCACCUUCCUGUCCCGGCCCUGUCCCAGCCCACAUCCCACCUGCCUGUCCCGGCCCACAUCCCACCUGCCUGUCCCUGUCCACCUGGUUAUAUAGCUGACAGAUUCUGUUUAAAGACUCUGGUCAUAGCCUUGCAUUUAUUGACCUGCUUGUCUUCUGGUCAUGCACAAACACUGACAUGACCCAAAAGGUCAUGUACUCUAAUAAUCUUCACCUGGCACAACCAGAAGAGGACUGGCCACCCCUCAGAGUCUGGGUCCUCUCUAGGUUUCUUAGGACCCUGCUAGGGAGAUUUUCCUAGUCAGAUUUUAGUUUACAUUAAUUCUUGUUGCUUGCUCUUUGGGGUUUCAGGCUGGGUAUCUGUAAAAGCACUUUGUGACAACUGCUGAUGUAAAAAGGGCUUUAUAAAAUAAAUGUAAUUGAUUGAAGAAUUAUAGUGUCACUGCAAGUGAAAUCUAUUCUGUAAAGGGCAGCUAAUUAGUUAUUCCACAACUCAGUCUUUUAUUGAUGAACUAACAACUAACAAUGUAUUCAUAUCAAGGACUUAAAAGGAAUUUGCAUUUUGUAUUAAUUUGACACUUGUUUGAAUAAAUGGGCAACAAUAACCAGUGCGUAAACCAC